CUGUUCACACCUUUCCUUUCCCCCUCACCCUUAUUACACCUCCCCUCCCUUAUCUCCCCUCACCUUAAACGUUCCCCCUCCCUCCUCACACUCUGCUCAAACUUUUCCUCCCUCUGCCCACACUUCCUUCUCUCUGCCUACACUUCAACACCCUGCCCACACCCCCACCACACCUAACACCCCAACACCUCCUCAACAUUGAUCAAACGUCACGCCUCCGCUACACCAACACCAGCUAGCGUCGUCUACUUCACACACACGCACACACACACACACUGUACAUUCUUGACGUGUGGAGCCUUAUAGUUUGUUAAGGCCCCACUGUACCUCUCUCCCUUCUCCCUUCCUUCCUCAUCCCCCUUUCUGCUUUACUCCCUCCCGCCUUUCUUUCCUCUCCCUCCUUUCUUAUCUCACUCCCUCAUGUAUCAACUUCGUCCCUCCCUCAAACAUUAACCCCCUCCCUCCCUCCUCCUAGCCAUGGGCGGUGUGGGCGGUGGUAUGGGGGUGGGUGAGGGAAGGUCGCCCACGUUGCUGCUGUUGUUUGUUAUGGUGAUCGUCCAUGACUCUACCGCCUACCCGCAGCAUCCUCGACAGUGUCUGACACAGAAAAAUUGCAACCAUGGGGAGUAUUGUGAAGACCAGGAGAAGGAGUGUCGCUGUAAGAAGAACUACGUCAGGGAGCCCGCCGGAGGGUGUCUGGCGGUGAGGAGGGAGAAUGAGCCUUGCAUCUUGGACAAGCAGUGUUCUUCUGUCGACCAUCGCUUGUUGUGUCAUGAUGGCAGGUGUAACUGUCCCCAUGGGAUGAGGCGGUCAGACGGCACCUGUGUGGUAUCUGUAACUGUUGCCCCGCCCACCAUGCCCACACACCAGGGGUCAGGCAGGAUCGGCCAUGCCCCCACCAGCAGGAGGAAACCCAAGACAGCCCAAGGGAUGGACGGAGGGAUGAGUGGCAGUGUAAUAUUUCCCGUCAUCAUCUGCAUCAUAAUCUUCCUCACCUUCUGCGUCCUCAUGCUCAUCAUCGCCUACAGUUUCCGGGUCCACAACCGCCGUCUGGCAGCCAGGAGGAGUUACCACGUGGUGGCCUCCACUCCCCGCCGCUCCCCAGUGUGUGGCAGGAGAGAUGUUCCUCCCUACUACACUUCCCUGCCACCCCCCUCCUAUGACCAGGCCACCCUCAAUGCCUCCGGUCCUCUUCAUAUCUCCAGUAGAUACUCCAGCUGUACCGCCAGCAUAGAGACCACACCGUACACCCUCUCCUCACCAGACAUGUCCUCUAGUAUUAGCUAUGGUUCACUGCUCACCAGGUCCUUCCUCCUCACGCCCUCAGACCACGCACCAUCCCUCACCGACUUGACUACAGGUGAUGCACGCCGGGACAGAGGCGACACGACGCCUUCACCCCCCCACCGCUACUAACACAGCUCCUGAGGAUUGGCUGGCUGGCUGUAAGUGUCUUAACAUGUUGUGCUGAAUGUAUCAGUAACGUAAACAAAGAUAAAAGACGAUUUUAGGAAGGCUCACAUUUAUAAAAUGCUAAGUGUUCAAGACCCAUCUUUGAUAACAUUAAGAAAUUAAAAAAAAAAAAUACUCAAUAUAGUUAAUCAUUUAGCAUAGAAUCAUUACAGUAGCGCUUCAUAUUACAUACUGUACAGGGUCAUCCAGAAAGAAUGUCCUGAUUUUAAUGGAUUUUUUUUUCUUCAAAGACCCUGAAUACAGUGCUGUAUACCUGAUUAUAUUUAAGAGAGAAAUUAACCACAACUGAUCACUUGGUAUUAGUAAAACUAUAUCACGGUUCUUAAAAGAUUUGUUGGGUAAAAAUUCCUCUUCACUGAAGAUGUGAGAUUGUGCGUAAGUCACCGAGUUAAAAAAAUUACAUAAAGAUUCUACCCUAAUUAUUUGUUCACUAAACACCUGAGAAUCUUUCCAAAGAUUCUAAUUCUUAAAUUUAUCUCCAAACAGAUGUAAAGUGAAUGUCUCGAUGCAUUAUUGAUGUUAGUUUUGAACAUUAUUUAUGUGUUUUAACUUUAUUCAUCCAGUUAGGCACAUUUUUACAUCUUUAGUUCAGAGAAAUAUUCAUCAAAGGAGCUCUAAUGAAUCUAGAAACUGCCUUACAUAGGUAUAAUCCGUCCACACAAAACUUCCGUCCAUUUGUGUCGUCAGUGAAGUACGUACAACAAAGAGAUCACCUUAAGAUUAGUCACCACUGUUUAUUUCAAUUCAUGUGUAUAAGAAAGAUAGAUUAGAUGUUUAAGUGAAUUUGUGAAGCUGUGUUUGUAUAAGUUUAUUGUGUUUGCCUGACCGUGUGUGUGUGUAGAUGUUUAUAGUACAGUACAUCCAAGUAAAAACUUAAUGUCAUAUUAACUUAACUGUGUUCAUAAAUAUAGGCGUGCUGUAACAUAUAUUAAAAUUAUUGUGUAGGUUGAAGUUGAGACGUUCAUAGUUAACAAGAAAGAGUUUUAGGCCGGCAAACAUACAGGUAUAGGUGGGGGGGGGGGGCUUGGUCCCUCUAAUAUGACCUUUUCACACAUAUAUAUCAUAGGUCACCUUUAACGUUCCUACAGUACUUGGUCAUUACAAUAUACUGUACAGUAUAAAUGAGCAAUGUUUUACAGCUUUGAGUUAGCUUCUAUACUGAUGUGAUCUUAAUGCAAUAAUAUUUUCUCUUAUCUCUUAACAAAUAAAAUAAGGAUACACGACGAGUUAAAAACCGUGAAUUUUCUAACCCUGUGGUGUGUGGCAACAGUCAAGAGCUACUGUACAACAUAUUGACUUUUCUAUCACAAAUGUACAAGUUAUUAUUGAUGGAUUAUAUUGUCAGGUUUCUUUUAAUAUUUUAGACAAAACAAAUCAAAGCUGUGAUGAAACUGAUAAGGUGACGUUGUGUAUUAUUCUCGCUGAAAGAAGCAACAGACUCUUACCCGAUUUUAUUUACGUAUUGUUGUAUGUGUUGAACAAGUUAAGUAAAGGUGUUUGAGGGAAGAACAGUUAUAAGCUUUAGUGAAUGCUUUACUGUAUGUCAAGUUUGAUGCUGAAGGAGAAUGGUUCAAACGUUGGGAUAAUGAUUAAUGUUAAUGAUGGUACAGCAGCUUAAAACUACUCUGGGGUACGUUCAGAUGGUUCAUCAUAAGAGUAUACAGUCUAGACCGAUAAUUUGAUGGUUAGUCCUUAUAUAUUUACUUUAUACAGUAUAGACAAUAAGCAUCUGAUGGCUUUGUUGGCUACCCUAUUUACCUUUGUUAGUAUACCUGCAUCUUCUAUAUACAAUAAAAGUGGCAUCCCCAUAGUGAAGGUGUUAAGCAGGACCUUACUGGACUCGCUUUUAUAAUAAUUUUCUUGUUUACAGAGGAUGGACAAAUCUAUGGUUGGGUUUACUGGAAAUUUGUCUGUAACGACCAGAUAUUAGCCCAGGUUAGUCUAGUAGAUUGAAGACGAAUUGAGUACAGUAUCAUAUUAGGAUCAGUGAUGUAAUUGAGUGACUCCAAGACCAUUGACAAUUGUAGCCCCAACAGACAGUUUCCAGGUGGUAAAACUUCAGGUGAACUCUUGAGGUUGGGCUAAUCCUUCAGGUAAAUCCAUCAAAGCUAAAAUCCCCAAUGGUUUCAGGGUCAGACUCGAGUACAACACUAAGAUUCAUUCUAUUUUCAUAUCGUAGUUUAGUACAAUUAGUUACCAACCACAUCAGUUUUAAGAGGGAGAGUCAAACAUACAGUAAUUAGUUUGUUAUGAGUCACUUAACUUACCCAUGCCACUGCUGUAUUGAUGCUAAUAUAGUGUAGUAACAAUAUAUUUUCUACGUACAGUAUAAUUAAACUUUGAGUGAUGUAAACAGUAAAUACAAUAGAAGACAUGAAAAAAGAUUAUUAAAGUUCAUCACACUAACAUGCUUGGCAAGGUGGCAUAUUGUGUGUAAAUUACUGCACUGAUUCUUGGUUCACUGUGAUAGUCCUUCUGGCUGUGUAACCUUCACCAUCACUUCCGAGGGGUAAUAGUCGCUGCUAUGCUAAUACAGUAUAGGCGAAGAUUAACUCCACUAGCACUGUAUUAUCAAAGCUUAACAGAGCAUCAUAAUGAGUGUUGAUAGAGGUAGUGAGAUUAAAUUAAAAUAAGUAUUGCAAGAGAUGUUAAGUCUGCUUUAUGCUCCAGAAACACUGCAACACACAGAAAGCUUAAUAAAAUGUUACCUUUA